UCGGAAUGUUGGGGAUGAUGGGAAUCUCUAGUGGUUUCAAAAUAAUCAGAAAAUUUUCUCCUCACCUGUCGUUGUGUCACCUAUACUUGUACAGAGUAUAAUAUACGCUUGAGGCUUUAGGCAGUACAAAAAAAGGCUCCUAACGCGUCUACGCGUGUAAAAUCGGUUAUUAAUUUUCAUCAGUUCGAGAUUUGUACGUAUAUUACAUCGAUGGUGAACUUGAAUCAAAAAAUGCUCCCACAUUGACGUACCAAUUUACUUUCUCGUAAGUUAUGAGUAAAGCAACGAGCCAAGGUUUAUAUACCUUAUCGCUUGUCAAAGCGGAAAGACCCGUAUAGAGCAGCUGCGGAGCUCUUCGAUGCGUACAUCUCUCUCUCUUCUCCGGCUCUCCCUCGCUUUUUCUACAUAUCGCUGAAAACAAACUGAUGCGUGCGUUGGUGGAUGUGGAAUAAAGAAAAACGAGAGAGGAUAAAUCAAACACUUACUUUGUUGGUGCUCAACGGUGUAUCGGUAUCGUUCCAGCCUGCAUCGCCUCGUCUGCUCCCUUUUCUCAAUUCUCUGUUCUUGAACUCGAUAGACAUGGUUUCAUGGAUGACGCGAACGGCGAGGAUGGCCCGUCUGCACCAGGAGAGCCUAAUGGUACGUUUGGGGCAGCACCGUAGCGUGAGCUCGCGGGAGGUGUUCGAGCGCGAGAGCAAGUACGGGGCCCACAAUUACCACCCGCUCGAUGUGGCGCUCACCCGGGCCUCGGGCGUCUUCAUGUGGGACUGCGAGAACAAGCGCUACUAUGACUUUUUGAGCGCGUACUCGGCCGUCAACCAGGGCCACUGUCACCCCCGCAUCGUCAACGCCCUGCGCGAACAAGCCGGCAAACUCGGCCUCACCUCGCGCGCCUUCUACUCGGACGUGCUCGGCGAGUUCGAGGAGUUUAUUACGCGGCUCUUCAAGUACGACAAGUGGUUACCGAUGAACACGGGGGUGGAGGGCGGGGACACGGCGUGCAAGUUGGCUCGCAGGUGGGGCUACGACGUGAAGGGCAUACCGCGCUACAAGGCCAAGAUCGUCUUCGCCGAGGGUAACUUUUGGGGCCGCUCGCUCGCCGCUAUCUCCACCUCCACAGACCCCUCGAGCUACGCCGGCUUCGGCCCGUACAUGCCCGGCUUCAAGACCGUACCGUACAAUGACGUUGAGGCGCUAGAGCGCGAGCUGUCCGAUCCCGAGGUCUGCGCGUUCAUGGUCGAGCCCAUACAGGGCGAGGCCGGAGUCGUCGUUCCCUCGGAGGGCUACCUCAGGUCGGUCCGGGACAUCUGCUCGCGCAACCGCGUCCUCUGGAUCGCCGACGAGGUGCAGACGGGACUUGGUCGUACUGGCCGCAGACUCGCCGUCGACCAUGAGCAAGUUAGACCGGACAUACUGAUCCUGGGCAAGGCGCUGAGCGGUGGCAUGUAUCCCGUGUCGGGUGUCCUCGCCGACGACGAAGUCAUGCUGACCAUCCGACCCGGUGAGCACGGCUCGACGUACGGAGGCAAUCCGCUUGGCUCCCGCGUCGCUCUGGAAGCUCUCAGGUACAUCUUAACUCAAGUUUGUCGGACCAACAUGGGCAUCAGGCGGGGCUUGGCGACGCUUGCGUCGAAGGUCGCGAGAAGACCGGCACCGAGUCAACGCCAACGCGAGCUCAUCGAGCGGGACCAGCGCUACGGGGGCCAUCACAUCCGCAUGCUACCGGUCGUGCUCAGCCGAGCCUCGGGCGUCCACUGCUGGGACUGCGACGGCUACAAGUACUACGACUUCUUGGGUGGUUUCGCGACCGUCAACCAGGGCCACUGUCACCCCCGCAUCCUCGAGGCUCUGCGCGAACAAGCCGGCAAACUCGAGCACUCGUCGCGCGCCUUCUACAGCGAGCCCCACGGUGAACUAGCCGAAUACAUAUGCCGGAUCAGCGGCUACGAGCGCUUUUUGCCGAUGAACACGGGAGUCGAGGCGUGCGACACUGCCCUGAAGAUCGCCAGGCGUUGGGGCUACCGGCACCGCGAUCCCAAAAUCAAGUCGAACGAGGCCAAAGUGGUUUUCGCUCGCAGCAAUUACUGGGGCCGAUCCCUCGCCGCCAUAUCCGCCUCGACGGAGCCCCUCUCCUACGAGGACUUUGGCCCUUACAUGGCCGGCUACGAGCACGUACCGUACGACGAUUUGCCGGCACUCGAGGCCAAGUUGCAGGCCGAGCCCAACAUCUGCGCGUUCAUGGUGGAGCCGAUCCAAGGAGAGGCUGGAGUUAAAAUACCCUCGGACGGUUAUCUCAAAGGUGUGAGGGAGCUCUGCACCAAGUACAACGUCCUCUGGAUAGCCGACGAGGUGCAGACGGGACUUGGUCGUACUGGACGGAGAUUCGCCGUCGACCACGAGGAGGUCCGGCCCGACAUCCUCGUCGUUGGCAAAGCGCUAUCUGCUGGGAUGUACCCCGUCUCGGGUGUCCUCGGCAGCAGCGAGAUGAUCCUGACUCUGGAAGCGGGCGUGCACGGGAGCACCUUCGGGGGUAGUCCCCUGGGUCAGAGGGUGGCGCUCGAGGCACUUAAGGUUCUCGAGGAGGAGAAGCUGGCCGACAAUGCCGCCAAGAUGGGGGAGAUCGUGAGGACGGAGCUUGAGAAGCUGCCCAAGGACAUUGGACAGUACCGCGGACGGGGCCUGCUCGCCGCGUUCGAGCUCAAUCCGAAGUUUGCCAACGGAUGGGAUGUCUGCGCCGAACUGAUUGACAGGGGAUUGCUGACGAGGCCGGCUUACAAUUACAUCAUUAGAAUUUCACCGCCACUCACCAUCAAUGAAGAGCAGGUCAGAGAUGCGCUCGACAUCAUCAAGACGACGUUACUCGAGUACAAGGGACGUGAUGGGAAACAGUGA